UACCUAUCCACUUUUAUACCCCCGCAUGGUCCUUGAGCCAGUACCACAAUACGUGCCGCUCGUUAUCCUGAUCCUGGGCCACUCUCUAGGAGCGAAGGAGGCUUGCUCAUAUGAGUUGCUCGCCUUCCAGUACUAGAAAACCGUAUCCUUGCCCCACGCCCUGCCGUCUCAACCUUCUACAUACUUCUUCGUUUCAGACGUUCUCAGUCUGCUGCUUGUAUUUCUUAGAGCUCAUGUCCAAGUUGGACCAAAAGACCAGUCCUCUUCAUUCACCAACAGUCUAGAAGACGACCGUCUGGGUCCAGUUGCCGAGGACCACUACAUUGCCACCUCCAGUAUCUGCACGCCUUUCGAGCAUUUGCAGUUUCACCUCGACAUGACCAACGCCCAGUAUCUGAUGCCGAGCACACAUCAACAACGGAAGCGACUGCGUGUCCACGGCCUAACUCUCCCCGAUACGGCCGCUUGUGUGAGCGGCCCACAUACUGCUGCCUAUUCCUCCCCUGAGUUGGUCCCAUUCACUGUUUCGGACAUUUCUUCAUUCAACUUCCCAGCCACCGUCGACACAACCCUUCUAACACCAAUCUCUGGCUCUGAGAGCCCCCCUUUAGACCAAAUGUCGUCCCCAAAGAUGGAGCAUUACCACUCCUCUCAAUCUGCAAUGCCUCUCAAUGAGGUACCGACGCCUCCAAACACAGGAAGAAUGUAUUACAGUCCGUACACCAGUCAGGGUUCUCCUUCAAUGUCCGGUCUCCCAGCAGUAACAGAAGCCCAUCAAUACGAUCAGUCAUCGGCAUACAUAGCCCCCAACGCCCACCAUGCAACCUCUCCAAAAGCCGAAUUCCCACCGGGGCCUGCAGUCCUUUACUUUGGUUCCUAUAGCGUUUCUACCUCUCACGAUGCUGAGGUAUCGCAUCACCCUUUUCCGGAAUAUCAUCAUUUUCCCAGCGUCGACGUAGAUGCCUCGUCUGAAUAUUUGUAUAGAACGCAACAACCUCACCUGACCGUCCAUGGAUCUCCAAUGCACCAUCGGAUGGCCUCCAACGGUCAAGCGCCUCUCCUCACCCAUUCCAGUUCUACCCAGUACAGACCACAGUCAACCCCAAAGAUUGUUGGUUUUGAGGAACUGCGCGGUGAUCCCGCCCUGUUCUUACCGACAUAUCCUGCCCACACACCAACCAUUGCUCCAUCGAAGCGAAAGCGACAGGAGAAGGGCAAGAGCUCCAAACCUGGUAAAACAUCAUCUAUUUCAAAGGAGUCGCCACAUCCAGGGUACAUAGGUGGACCUGCUGCGAAUCAAGAUGAGCAAGGUGUUGAGGAGGAGCUAACCCUCCAUGAUGACGCACCGGAAGACGAUAAGUUCUUGUUCCAGCUCAGAAAGGAGCAUAUUUCCGAGAAGGGGAAGGGGAUGUGGGAAGAAAUGAAGGCCAAGUACUCAGAGAAGCAUCAGGGUAACUGGGAAAAGGCGGCACUGCAAAUGAAGGUAUCGCGCGCAGUAGCCAAAUUUGGUGUAUGGCCCGAACAAGAGAUCCAACGUUUGAAAGAAGCAUUCUUUCAAGACGAAGAGAAGAGAUACCAACGCCUCAUAGCCCACAUGAAGGAGAAGGGCGGAUGCAAGGUCUGGGACUGGAAGCCUCAACACAUUUCGGCCAUGCUUAUCAAGCUGGGCCUUGAGGAUGCCAAAGUAGAAGAAAAGACAGGAAUCCGGCGGCGCAAGAAGUUGGAAAAGCGAAAGCAUACAAGCCCGGUAUUGCAUGGCGGGACUGCUUACUCUACGCCACAUUUUCAGCAUCAGAACAUGGUAGCUGGCUGGUCCGAAGGAUCGGUUGGUCUUGGUCUCCGCCAUGUCUUUCCCGACAAUCAUUCCCAGCAGCAACCCCUGAUGAACACGGUAUCGACUAGUCAACUGCCCUCUCAUGGGCAACCUUUCUACGAGUUGACGAGCGACGAAAAGUUUCCCCAACUGACUUCCGAACAGUACUACGAAACUAUCGACCAGAUGUACAACGUUCCUGAAGACGAGAUUUCGAGUCCCGGUUUCACGGACGUAGCAGAUAGUGAUGAGAGAGCGGGCAAUGCUGCUACUAGCAGCGCUCACACUUCACGGCCGCCGACGAGAGAUUCGCAGAACGUUUACCGAAAACCUUCUACCGCGAAGUUGGCACAACAGGCGUGCGAGCAGCUGCUGCAAGGACGGCAACAAUAGUAAUUACAGCAAUUGCAGCAAUCGGGUGUCUUGGUCGAAUGUUUCGAGAAGGGAAUGGCAUGCUUCCACCGCGGCACAGCAACGGGUGACAAAUUGAUCACCGUGGCUAUUGGCCAUUUCCCCCGCCACCCGUACAUGGUUUUCUUUCAUUUCUGACGAUCCGAAUUUUCCCUUGUUCCUCCCUAAAAGUAUCCUUUAGUUUUCAUCCUGACGCUUGCUCUUCACACAUCCAUCACACGUGGCGUUGGGGGCUUUCUUCGGUUUUCUACAGAGGGUGCCCGGUCUUGAUUUUGGUUUCAUCUAACUGGGUGGCUUGCUUUUCCUUCCCCUUUUUUUUUUUUUUUUUUUUUUUAACGUUCUGGCAUGUUGAGGUCACCCAGCGAGAUGCGAGCUCUGCUGGGUUGCAGAGCACGAAGCAAGAAGAAACAAGUGAACAAUUGCCAAGGGCCCGAGCCGAGUUCAAGGGAUGAAGGGCAGCGAUGAGAGUAGCCCGCGUUUGCCAGCGAAAUGGGCGCUACAAUUUGAAGUCGAUAGCGUACAAACAAUAUGACGAAGAUGUGGUUAUUGCUCAUGUCUACCAUCGGAGAUGCUUACACAAACACUUUUCUGUAAUUGAAUCUGGUUUUUUCUCCAUUUCGUUCCUUCUCUUUUUUAA